AUGGAUCCAGAAAACAGUUGCCAUGAUGUCGCUGCGCUUCAACCCUGGCUCGACACGGGCACUGGGGAGCGUUCGUCCGUUCACGGUCGGUUCUUUUUCCUCAACACUCCCAAACCAAAGUCGGCCACCUUGGACGAAGAAGGCUCGCCGUCUGCUGUCUCCCUACUAUGCUUGUCAGGACGAAUCGAGACUCAACUUCAGCGCGUCUUUGACCGGAUCCAAUCACCUCCAUUCCCGGCGACGCCAGACUGGAUUGAGUUCCCUUCGGAACCUCUACAGUUCGAAGAGCUCAAGAAGCUGGAACAACUUGGGUACGACUAUUCUGAAGCCGAUGAAAUCCUCACAUUUCGAAUGGCCGGUGCAGGACAUGAAUGGAUCGAUUGCGAACUCGUAACAAAAAUCUCCCAAGGUCUCGAGUUUGCAUUGCUGCCUACCUCCAAAUGUGGCUCCGCGUCUCUGAAGUAUCGGUCGUUCAAGGUGGCAGGCAAGAAAUUAAUACAGCAACCGGAUGCUCAAUUCCUGUCCGAUCUGAGACUCCUUCCCAGCUUGAUCAUCGAAGUAACAUGGACGCAGACUACGAAGAAUUUGCAAGAGCUGGUAUGCGAUUACAUCUUGGGUAGCAAUGCACGAAUCCGCACUGUCAUUGGUUUUGACGUCGGUCCUGCCCCCAGAAAGCGUGCGACAGUGUGCGAUUGGAGAACCGUGCACAACGAGGACAAUAUCGCUGGUACCUGUGACUCUACGGAGAUUUGCACCGUAUCUGGAGUCAAGAACACCGACCCGCAAGCUGGACUGCGCCUGACGCUCGAAGAUUUUGCAUACCCUCGUAGCCAGAAGAAUACCUGGACCUCGAUUCUGUCAUCAUCUUCAUCCCCGUCGAUGAUCUCUACGAAGUCUUGGAACAGGCCGAGGCCGCUCAGGAAUGCUUCAGACAUAGAGACCAAAGUGAAUUAG